ACACCUGUGAACAUUAAAAACGUCCAGCAGGAGGAGUGGACUCUACAGCAGACGAGAGCAGAAGUCCCUGUGGAUGGACAUUGUGAUCCUCCAAACAGCAGUCCAGUUGGGAGGACACUGUCCUCACUGACUUGUCCUCUGUUGUGUCUUCUUUCUGCAGAAUAUAACGACAGCAUUCAGGAGCAGAACGAGUUGUGUAUGUUGGGUGAAUACACCGUUCAGGACGAUGAGCCGAUAAAGAAGGCGUGUCAGUUUAGACGCAGCACGCUGCGUCAGUGCUCCGGUCUGCCCGACACCAGCUUCGGAUACGCCGAGGGGAAACCGUGCAUCAUCGUCAAGAUGAACAGGGUCAUCGGUCUGAAACCACGAGGAGACCCCUUCAUCAGCUGCACUGCCAAGAGAGACGGCCUGUUAGAGAUGCAAUAUUUCCCGCCUGAAGGUCGCGUGGAUAAAAUGUUUUUCCCGUAUUACGGCAAGAAGGCACAUCCGGACUACGUGCAGCCUCUGGUUGCUGUCCAGUUGUUGUUGUCCAAAGAGGACCUGAAUGUGGAGCAGACGGUGGAGUGUAAAGUCGAGGGUUCGGACCUGCGGAACAAUGAUGACCGGGACAAGUUUUUGGGUCGCGUUAUUUUCCGGGUCAAAGUGUCGGAGUAACUGGAUUCGCCGGUUGCCGUGGAUAGCACAAACUAGGUUUAAACUGGGAGACAACGUCCGGUUCCGGGCACUUUUCAAUCCAGACCUGAUCUAAUCCUGGACAUCUGAAUCUGGUUCCUCCUGUUCAGAUCUGGACCACUGAUAUGGUGAGCUCAUCCUGCUUCAGUCCUGAUCUGGAUCAGAUCUGGAUCCGAAACAGGACCCCGGUCCACAUGUUUAACUUGAUGGUUCAGAUUCACUCCCCAGUAAGCUGAACAGAAACCUGUGUGACUCUUGUUUAACCCUUUCAGGCUGCUGGAGCAGAUCAGGUCUGUGGUGUCAAAGAGCUGCACAAUGAUGAUUUUUAAUUAUUGAAUCAAAGUUUAAUGUAAUUAUUUAUAAUUAUAGAUUAUUCCGACAACCCAAUCAGCUGAUCCUAGCAAUCACAAACCAACUUCACUGCAGACAUCAUCACUCACAAACCAACUUCACUGCAGAGACAUUAUCAUUAAUAAACCAACUUCACCAGAGAGACAUCCUUCAAAAACCAACUUCCCUGCAGAGACAUAAUCAGUCACAAACCGACUUCACCACAUAAACAUGAGUGAAUUCAGAAAACUAAACAAUAAGUUAAACCUUUGGCUAAUAUUUAGAUGGUCAGUAGUCAGACUACUCUUCUUCCCCCCUGAAUCAUGAUAUCCACAGGGGCAAUUAUACAUUUAUAGUACCGGUCUUUACAAAUGUAUGUUUAUAAUAACAUUCUUUACAGUUGUACAUUUAUAGAAAAUAUUUAUAAAACCUUUCAGUGUGUCAGUACAAACUUUUUUAUAGAAAUGUAAAAAGAAAGUUUGUUGUUGUGUAACACCGACUGAGGAAAAGACAUUAUUGAUUUAUUAUUGAUGGAAUUAUUGAUGAUAAUUAUGAUCAAAGAGGUGCUACUCUGUUGGCUGUGUGAUGUGGAGAUGAAAACGACACUGUGAUGUAGACCACUGCCGCACUGGCACCCCCACACUACCACCCAUUCUUUAAAUCUAUUUUAUGAACACCAUGAAUUCUCACGUUGUGUUUCCAAUCUGCUGUUGUACAGUUUUUUUUAAAUGUGAUUCCUAUGACUACUGUUGUGUGAUUAUUGAAUAAAAUGACAUCCUCAGUCUCCAGAGA